UUAACGUUCUCUAUUAUACUAUAGACCCCAAUUGUACUUCUGUAACCCGAUCAUCACGAACACACCCACCAUGUCUCUCGCAACACUCGACACAUCGCAACACCCCAACCUCCCCUCUGCAUCCGCGACUCUCUUCAAGGCCAAGGCCGCCAAGAAAUUCAGCUUCGAACAGAUUGCCCAACACAUCGGUCGCAACGAAGUCGCAACCGCAGCCAUCUUCUACGGCCAGGCCAAGGCCUCACCGGAGGACAUUACCAAUCUCGCUUCCCUCUUGGAAGUUUCCCAUGAGCUCUUGGAGGAGCAACUCGGUGGCUUCCCGGAUCGCGGCAAGUCCGUGGAGAUGCCACCCAAGGAGCCUCUGAUCUACCGCUUGUAUGAGAUCGUGCAGAACUAUGGAUAUGCCUACAAGGCCGUUUUGAACGAGAAGUUCGGUGAUGGCAUCAUGAGUGCUAUCUCAUUCUCGACAAAGGUGGAGAAGGAGACCGACGCUGAUGGAAACAACUGGGCUGUUAUUACCCUUCGGGGCAAGUGGCUUCCUUUCUCGAGAUUCUAAAGGGUUCAUACCACUGUGACGGGCAAGCUGAGUAGGCUCGUGUAUGUGGAUUGAUGAUGUUAUGUCCAUGUAUGUAUGAAAGUAAAUAGUAUGAAAGCAUAUGCCUG